AUGGAGCGCAUGUUCACUCUCGGUCCCAAGUUCAUCGACAUCACCUGGGGCGCCGGCGGCCACAUUGCCGAGUUGACAAACGAGAUGGUUAUCCAGGCCCAGACUCUUCUCGGCAUGGAAUCGUGCAUGCACCUUACCUGCACCGACAUGGGGCUGGAGCGCGUCAACAAUGCCUUACGGAGCGCUUACAAGGCCGGCUGCACAAAUAUCCUCGCCCUCCGCGGCGAUCCGCCUAGAGACAAGGAGAAGUGGGAGGUGACGGACGGUGGUUUCAACUACGCCAAGGACCUCGUUGCGCACAUCCGCAACACCUACGGCAACCACUUCGACAUUGGCGUCGCCGGAUACCCCGAAGGCUGCGACGACAACAAGGACGAGGACCUCCUUCUCCAGCACCUCAAGGAAAAGGUCGACAUGGGCGCCACCUUCAUCGUCACCCAGAUGUUCUACGACGCCGACAACUUCUUGCGCUGGGUCGGGCGGGUCCGCGAGAUUGGCAUCACCAUCCCCAUUCUCCCCGGCAUCAUGCCCUGGAUGGCCGCCAUCGAGCCCGUCAAGAACGACGAUCUCGCUGUCCGAGAAAUUGGCAAGAGGCUCGUCGCCGAUCUGUGCCGCAAGCUCCUCGCCUCCAAGGAAAUCCAUCACCUUCACUUCUACACCAUGAAUCUCGCCACCGCGACUAGCAUGGUUCUGCAGGACCUCGACUGGCUCCCCUCCGCCAACCGCCCUCUCAAGCAGGCUCUGCCCUGGAAGCAGUCCCUCGGCUUGGGCCGCCGCCACGAGGACGUCCGGCCCGUUUUCUGGCGGAACAGGAACAAGUCGUACGUGCUGCGCACCCAGGAGUGGGACGAGUUCCCCAACGGUCGCUGGGGUGAUUCCCGGUCGCCUGCCUUUGGUGAGCUAGACACGUACGGUAUUCGCCUUCCCGGCACCAGCGAGCAAAACAGGAAGAAGUGGGGCGAGCCCAAGUCCAUUCGCGACGUCGCCAACCUCUUUCCCCUGACAGCGGAGGGUGAGGUUAUCCGCGAAGACCUGGUGGCCCUUAACCAGCGAGGGUUGAUUACCAUCAACUCCCAGCCGGCCGUGAACGGCGUCAAGUCGAGCCACCCCAUCCACGGUUGGGGCCCUUCCAACGGCUAUGUCUACCAGAAGUCCUACCUCGAGCUCCUCGUACCCCCGGCCGUCUACUCGGACAUCAUUGAGCGUAUCAAGCGUCAUCCCGAUAUCACCUACUACGCCGUGACCAUGAACGGCACCCUAGAGACUAACGCUCCCUCCGAGGGCCCCAAUGCCGUCACCUGGGGUGUCUUCCCGGGCAAGGAAAUCGUUCAGCCCACCAUUGUCGAGAGCAUCAGCUUCCUCGCUUGGAAGGAUGAAGCCUUCCGCUUGGGUCUGGACUGGGCCUAUUGCUUUGACUCGCGUAGCCCCAGCAGGGCACUGAUCGAGGGCAUGAUGAACAACUGGUACCUCAUCAACAUCGUAAACAACGACUUCCAAGAGCCCCGAACCAUCUUCGAGCUGCUCGAGGGUCUCGAAGUGGAGGGCCUCGAGACACCUACACCCGCUCCUGUGGAAGAGCCCCCGUGCCCACCUCGGAGGCCACGGCCGUUGGUUCCGAUGCACCUGUUAUCGGAGCCGCCGCGGUGA